AUGAUCAACAUUUAUCUGUGCUCAAAACCAUGCAACAAAUUGACCAACACCCCCAUUUCAUUCAUACCCAUUGAAAUACCUCUAUCUGAUGACUAUAGUAAGAGUCAUGCUUCCAUUCAUCAAAUUAUUUGCUCUGGACCUUGUUCCGAUGAUUCCAAAUGUAGAAUUUUAUUGAGUGAUGGAAGAGUUUAUAAAAUUUCAUUUUCAAAUAAUACAGAUAAUGAUUUACCUUUGAUCAAUAGACAAGAAUAUUUAAAAGAAUUUGGGAUCAUGACUCACAAGAUCGUCAAGCAAAUGGAUAGUUUCACAAAUGGAUGUAUAUUUUUAGUACAUGAUAUGAAAAAGAAACGAAAUGUUUUAUAUGGUGAAGAAUCUAAUUAUUAUGACAAUUUGGGAAAUAGUGACUCCAAUGAUGUUCGGCUCAUAUUUGAUCCUCAAUUGUAUGACCAUCAACAUUCAAACGCAUCGGUGACUCAUAUUGCAUGUUGUUUUUCGUUUAGCGUUUGUGUCGUGAAUCAUAGAGAGAUUCGAGUAUCAGGACAAGAUUGGAUUGAUGCUAAAUAUGCAACGAUAUGGAGAAAUACUCAAUUUAUAACACCAUGUGAUGUGAAAGAUAUUAGAGGAGGGAAUUUCCACUUUAUAUGUCUCUUAAUGGAUGGAUCGAUCGUCGCUGGUGGAUCCUUUACUAAGGAACAUUCCCUUUGUGCAACUGGACAAACAGGUAGUAUUUGUCAUUUCACCAUUCCAUUUCGAAUCGAAUCAUUUUCAUGUGCUUCAUCGAGAACCUUAAUUGAAACAGAAAAGGAUUACUUAUUGUACGGAGCGAAUCCAUUUGCUCAAACUCAAACCAAAGCGUAUCAUCUCACCAUUCCAAAUCACUUGGAUUUGAAGCUUAAAAGCGUAUUGAUGUUUCGAGAGACAUUUGUUUUCAAAUCUGUCAGCAAUCCAUCGCAAUUGAUUGUUGCUACCGACUCUCAUACCAUGGGAGUGGUUAAUCUUUCUGAAUAUUUUAGUGCCAAAGACAUUUAUAGAGAUGGAAUUGGGAUUAGUUCCUAUUCCAAUGCCUUAGUGUUAUAUUGUAAUCCUGAACGUGCCACUUUCAUGCAACGAAGACUAGGAGAUUUCAUUUCAAAACGAGGAGGAGCUUUAUCGGAUAUUUCAAUAUGUUGUUGA